AAUUUCCCCUCGAUUUUGACGAGAUAACAUUGAAUUUGUGCAAUCGCCGAUGAUUUGCUCUCUUUUUCAAAAUAAAAGUCUUUCCUCAAGGAAGAUAUCGGAACGCUAUGGCUUUAUCUCUAACAGGUAACGUAAACUUCAGUAUUCACUGAUUUGUUUGGACACUUUGGGGUUUGGAUGACGUAGCAACUAGACGUAACUCACUGUGCUUACACUUAGUUUAAUUCAACGACUGUUUUCCACACGCGAUGGUUCAGAAUAUACAAAACACUGUUCUUAAGACCACUGAUUAUAAAGCCACAGAUCUCACUGUAAUCACUAACGGUGAUCGACGAAACUAUUGAUCGAUUGAAACGCUGAUAUGCAUCAUUAUUCUUCGGCGAACUUAUUCUCGCCUUGCAAUUUUACAAGCUCGGCGUCCACAGUCACAGCAGUCAGCUACUUUCGCCCGGUUAUUGGUACAGCUGUGAAAGAAAACAGCCUCCUAAGUGGGUUUCCGAAAAUUAAUGUGGUGCUAUGUAUUACGUUCAGGCAGUGUCCUACCUUUGAUAAAACAAGCAAGAUUAAAUCAGUCAUAUCUAACUUUCGUUUUGCAAGUUUGCGGCCGUUUUAUCAUCAUAGCUACAAUCCUAUCUGAAUAUGCCCAUGAUCAACACGCCGCUUAUCUGUAAAAUGCUAUGCAAACUUUUAAUCUGCAGGUUUGCGUCACGGUACUUGAUGUAGCCCUCUUUUUUAAGGUCCUUUGAUCUCAGCUCAAGCUACAAUGUAGCAGGCUCCAUCUUCUUGAUAAUUUGCAUAUUAUCUGCUCUUAUUAGUUUAUUGUGAAAAGGCGGAAUGUACAUUCAAGCUGCAAUGUGUUAUGCUUUCAUCUUUUAUUUGCUUGGUUUUAAGUUCAGUGGCCGACGGAGAAAAACAGUAUCGGUCUAAUUUUUAGAAUUUACAUUUGGGUCAUACAUAGGUUAAGACAGUCAUUAACAUCAAUAAUAGUAGCUCUAUAAUAAUGGUGCGCAAAUUUAACAUGUUGAUAUGCUCAAAUACGCAUGAUAUAAAAUACUAAAACAAUUCAAUCUAUCAAAAACUAUGAAAAGUGUGUGAAUAUCUAACAUGUUAAAAACAAAUGGAAAAGCAAUACAUACAUAUAUAGGCAGUUACCUCUCAAUUUAACUAAAAGCUAUAUCAAUGAGGGAUUCGAUCCCAGUUAAUAAGGCUUUUAGAAUUUAUUUUAGUCAUGCCACUUUUUUAUGCCAAUUUUUUCCACACAGACAUUGGCAAUUCGCUUUUACAUCUUGAAAAGUCCUUCCUUGCUACAGUAGCAAUAGACUUCGGCACAACCUACAGUGGGUUUGCUUUCUCAUUCAAUAAAGACGAAGGUGAAGAUGCGAUUUUUAUGAACAGAGAAUGGGAAAAUGAACUGGGUCAUCGAACUAGCAAGACACCAACAUGUCUGCUUCUUAAGCCAGAUUUGUCAUUUGACUCGUUUGGUUACCAAGCUGAGGAAAAGUACGCAAAUCUGAAAAGCCUCUCUGAGGAAAAGGAAUACAUGUUUUUUCGGCAUUUUAAAAUGCUGCUACACAAUGAUGAGGUAUGAAGUGCGCUAGACUAUAAGUCUCUAGUAUGUUUAACCAUUUUAUUUCAUCUACUAUCUUUUAAAUGUUCUCCUCUUUUUUUCACUAUUUGGUACCAUUAUUACCAUUGUUAUAACUGUCAUCAUCGUCGUCAUCGUCAUGAUCAUCGUUAGUAUUAUCGUAAUUGUUAUCAUUAUUAUGAAGAAAAUUCAAGGAGCUGAUCAGGUCAUAUUCUGUGGCCUGGGCCUUGCACGUUCUAUCCGAGACAACAAAUUGAUUCUCGUCACUUCCAACAAACGGACGUAGUUCACUUUAAAUUGUAGAACAUCCAUAGGUGGUUUAAUCAGUUUUUAAAUCCUAUUGUGGUUUUAACUACAGCCCAGAUACAUAUUAGGAUGACCUGUAGAGAUAAGGAUCAUCAUCAUCAUCAUUAUCAAGUUUUUCACCUCUAUCAUUAUCAAUAUCACUAGUUUGUUUAAACAUUAGUGCCGCUUUGAGAGUUUUAAAGCGUGUAAUUUGAAAAGAACAAAACCAUAGUAAUAAUUUGGCAAAACCAAUUAUUAUCAGUAUUGAUUUGGUAAAAUAUAGAGGCGUGUAAGAAGUGCAAAAAAUUUUUGAAGUGUAAACGAACAAUAGGAGCAUACGGAGAAUAAAUAAUAAGAAGCUAAUUAAAAAGUUUUUUAAUUAAGUUUUAAAUUGUUUUUAAUUUUUAUAUGCUUUUAAUUAGCUUCUAAUUAUUUCUCCUCAUUGUCUGUUCUUAUUGUCUGUUUACACUUUCAAAAAAUUUUUGAUGAAGUUCAGCUAUAUCUAGCGAAUGGCAAGUACUCAUAACGCGUUUAGACGAAGUAUUAGUUCAAAAAGUUAAGACACUGCAAAGCGAUUUAUUUGUGCAUCCAUGUGACUGAACACACUCGCAUAAUUUAGUUACUUAUCUUAUAUUUUCUACCUUUAUCAAAUUAGAGCCUGAAUCUUAACACCAAGAUACCCGCAGCAAAUGGAAAACUCUUGCAUGCAAAACAAGUGUUUGCACAUUCCAUCCGGUUUCUGAAAGAACAAGCGCUCAAUAUCAUUCGACAAGAGACGAGAGAUGACGGAUAUAAAAUGGAGGAUAUCCAGUGGGUUCUGACUGUACCAGCCAUAUGGACUCCACGAGCCAAGCAGUUUAUGCGUGAAGCAGCCUAUGAGGUAUGCAAUGAGAUGAGCUUAAAUCAUCCAUGCUAUCGGCGAGUGAGGCAUUGAGCACGAUUGUUCGAUUGUGUUGCAUUUGCCGGCAUACUAGUCUGUCAUCAUUUCAAGGAAAAAUGAGUAGUUGUGUCACUUAUUUUUUUCAUAGGCUGGCCUUGGGUCAUCUGAGAAUCCAGAGCAGUUGAUAAUUGCUUUAGAACCUGAAGCUGCGGCACUGUUUUGCACAGAAAGACACCUGGAGAGAAUGGGUGCUGUGUCGCUUGAAGGACAACUCUCUCAACCCAAUAUACACUAUAUGGUUGUCGACAUCGGAGGUGAGGCUUCCUCUGAGCAAAGAUUUUCGUAGUCUACGUUUCUGAAGAACCUUUCAAAUUGAGUGGUUUGUAGAGUUGAUGAAACGCGCAACGAUAGUGCUUCUGUUUUGAACGCGAAAGGAGCGAAGAACAUCAAUGGGUGGAGUAACUUACAAGAAGUAGCCCCUUGAGUAAAGAAAUACUGCCGGCUACUUUACUUAUUCAAAAAGAAAUACUUUUUCAAUAAGCAAGGAGUAGUUCCGAUGGCUAUCUGUACAAAAUGUGGAGUGCUCUAUAACUGAGAACUUGUUCAGACAAAAACUAGAAUGAAACCAUUCAAAACCUUGAUAAUGUCGAUGGUCUGGUUAACUAUAACAUUUACCUUCUAAAUAGGGGAACGUAAGUAAACCUCUGUGACAAACCACCGUGAAGGGGUUAGAAAUAUUCCUCCUAAUGCGCUAUUUCCACAGUAAAAUCCGAAACAGACGCGAUACAACCUUGUAACUAUAUGAAAGAUGACGAAACGCACUUUGCUAACAUUCAAAAAAAUUAAACACCUAUUUUUUAAUGAAAGAUGUGGUAUAGAGUUCAAAGCCAAUUCAGUUAGGUCAAUACGUGGAAUUAGACAGUCAAAAAUCCCUGUAUAGAACGCAUUGUAGCUUUUUUAAUUUCCUAACCCAGCAUGACAGUUUCAUUAUGAAAAAGUCUCUCUUUUUGUGGAUUUUACCUUUCACAAACCAGCUAUCCGGUUUCACCUUGAAAGAAUCUGAACUGCAGGGACACGGGAGUUUGCUCUCUAAAGUCGACGAGAUCAUGAUUAAAACAAUCUGGUCAUAGCUGUGGUAUCAAAUUUUACGGCAUCACGAUUAAGUAAAUAAGUCCCAUUCAAUAAAUAUUUAGGUGUAAUCCAUAAAUCUUUCAACUUUUUAUAGGCGGUACCUUUGAUGUGACAGUGCAUGAAAAACAGGAUGACGGUAACAUUAAGGAAAUCUACAAAGUAACAGGUGGACCGUAUGGAGGCAAGAAAGUGAAUGAACAGUUUAAGAGCCUUUUGGACCAAAUAUUUGGUCAGCAGAAGAUGUAUGAUUAUCGCCAACAAUUUCCUUCUGAUUGGCUAAAACUCAUGAACGAUUUUGAAAUUAAGAAGCGCGGGGUUCGGGUCGUGCAGCAAAAAGAGACAAGAAUUCGCCUGCCACGCAGUUUCGUCUCGUGGAUCAACGAUGCCGUUACAGCGGCUUUGAAACGCUAUUCAAAUGGAGAAAUCAGAAUCCUCAACGAUGAGUACCUGUGCUUAAGUUCGAGAGUUAUGGUGGAGCAGUUUCGGCCGGUAUUGGAAGCCAUGAAGGAUCACUUAAGAGUGCUCCUUAGCGAGCCACGGCUUUCGAAAGUCACUGUGAUGCUAUUAGUUGGAGGAUUCGCGAAUUCUUUGAUUCUUCAGGAAGAAAUCAAAAGAAGGUUUUCCAGCAGGUGUUAUAUAAUCAUUCCUAAUGAUACCAGUACUGCUGUUGUCCAAGGGGCUGUCUUGUUUGGCAAGAGUCCGGGUAGAAUAGUGCAAAGAGUUGUCAGCAAGACGUAUGGAGCCGACUGCUGCCGAGAGUUUGUCCGCGGAGUUCACCCAGAAGAAAAGAAGUUUGUCGCGAAUGGCGUGGAGAUGUGUAAUGAUUUGCUAAACUACUUUGUGAAGGAAAAUGAAGUCGUUAAACUCGGGCAGCGAAUAAAAAGUAUCUAUCGACCAUUGUAUCCAAACGAUAAGAAGAUCAAGUACUCCUUCUACGCGGCAAACAACCCCAAUGCCCUUCUCGUCACCGAUGCUGGAGUAAAAAGGAUUGGAAGUGUCGUGGUUCAGUCUCCUGAGACGUGGAGAGGUUUGGAUAGAGAACUGGAGGUCAGUCUGUAUUUUGGAGGAACAGAAAUAACCGCAACAGCUCGAGACAUUUCGAGUGGCAAUACAGCGCAAACUACUCUGGACUUUUUUUACGUCAAGUAAUGAUUAGUCGGAGCGUUUGGAACGAUAUUCUUACGUUACAUUUAUUGCGUUAAAUAAAAUAUAAUCCAGAAACUAUAAAAUCUUUAUCCUCGGCAUUAGGAAGUAAGUAUUCAAAUUUUCGACAUACUGCGUCUCAAGAUUACAAAGAUUCACCUUACCGUUCGAAAGAUGUCGUCAAAUGUGCCAAAAAAUUCGACCUCGAAUGCUGCCAUUUUGAAAAACAACUUGGUAACAUAUAGGUACACGCGAAACUACAACACGGGUUUUCCGCUUCUCCAUGUGAUUCGAAAAUGUGUUUUUAAGUGUUUCUCCUAAUUGUUCCAACAAACUGCCAAGAGGUGAAACUCUACUACAGGACUUAGACAAGCAAUUUUUAAAUGCAUUGGACUGUCUGAUGUGAUGAUUCCGAAUUUACUCUUUUUGUCAGUGAUAAGAAUGAUAUGAUUUCUCCAGAAUAUUUUUCUUUACCACAGAAAAGUGUAUCGCAGCUACAUACAAAAUUUAAGCAAUGGCGAACAUCUUGAGCUGUGUAUACAAAUAAGGAUAUUUUUUUCUCUGUUUGUCAAAUAUGGGAUUUUCACAUUAUUCCCUUGGAUGUAAGAUAGCAUCAUAGACCUCAGAGCAGCCUUAGAGCUAAAAACAGUAGACUUUUGUUUAGCAAACAAUGCAAAAUGGAAGGAAAUAAAGUCAGAUGUAGAUGUAAAC